ACAUAGCUGGUCAGUUGUAAAUGCUCAGCAAAGGGACGUGGAGAAACACAGGACUGAAGCUGCUUUCUGAUCUCAGGACGCCAUCGAAAGAGCGGUUUAUUAGAGAGGGAAAAUAACCAGAUCUGUUUUGAACCAUUUGAGAUGGAGAGAGAGAUAAAAGAAGGGAGGAAGAUCCAGUUUUCUGUUCCCUCGGCAGGUCCGAUUCAACUCGACCCCAGACAAGUAGAGAUGAUUCGGCGUCGAAGGCCGACACCCGCCACGCUGUUCCGCAUGACAGAUCACCCGUCCCCGGAGGAAGAAAAUCCCACCUUUCCGUUGUUUGUUUGUGAAAAUGGAGUUUCAAAGCCCAAGAAUAUAGACAUGACCAUUUAUCAGCCUCCUUCUCUCAAAGCUGUUCAAAAGAUGGCAGAAACUCACAUCAAAUCUCUUGACACUCCAUCAGAAUCAUCCGACAAUGAAGAUGUUUCUUCAGAUACUCCUAGAGAUCCACCAGAUGAAAUCAGAUCUGCAAAAUCAGAGUGUCCAUCAUCAUCAGGAGGAUUGGCUGAAGUGCAGAAAGGACAAGAUGAAGCAGAGAAUUUAAGAGCAUAAAGCACAGAAAGCAAGGAGAGUGAGGAAGAAGGGGAAGAAUAAAAGCAGAUGAGGCAGAAACCAUACAGAAAACCUAAAAAGAAUUAUAUAUGGGAUGAAACAUAUUUUUAUAAAAUGAGGAUCUCAAACAGACAAAGAGAGAAAGUGAGAGAGAGAAUUUGUGUGACAGUGAGAAAGGUCAUGUUGAAUGUCAGUAUAUAAAGAAGUGAAGAAA